GCCCCUUCAACCAGCUGUUUGAGUCAGUUGGCUCCACCUUCAUCCAUCCAUCCAUAUUAUUGCUUACUCAGUUUUAAAAAAUGUAAAUUCAUCCCCCGAAUGACAUCUGCCUCAAGCUCUUCAUCCAUGGCGUCAUUACUUACGCCCGCAUAUCUAAUACCCUUUUGCUUUAUCCCCCAAACGCCACCGCCACAUCUCUAUAAAUACAGUCCUUAUCCGACAGUGAAGAACAUUCAACGCAGUAGGGAAAAAAAAAAAUUAAAUGGCUGCGAUAGUGCCGAGGAUGAAGCUGUGCUCGCAGGGUCUUGAGGUUUCUAAGCAAGGGCUGGGCUGCAUGAGCAUGUCUGCUUUUUACGGCCAGCCGAAGCCCGAGCCGGGCAUGAUUCAGCUAAUCCACCACGCCAUCAACUCCGGCGUCACAUUCCUGGACACCUCCGAUGCCUACGGACCCUACACCAAUGAAAUCCUCAUCGGCAAGGCUGUAAAAGGGAUAACGAGAGCUAAAGUGCAAAUAGCUACAAAGUUUGCAGUAUCUACUAAGGAUGGGAAGAUAGACAUAAGAGGCGACCCAGCAUUUGUGAGGGCAUCAUGUGAGGCAAGCUUGAAGCGUCUCGACAUUGAUUGCAUUGAUCUCUAUUAUGUUCACCGUAUUGACACUCGCGUGCCUAUAGAGGUCACGGUGCAAAAUUUGAUACAAAAUUUGGGGGAGGGCGACUUCCGUAAGAACUUCCCAAGGUUCAAGCCAGAGAAUGUUGAAAGCAACAAGGUGAUAUUCGAAAGGGUAAGCGAAAUGGCUAAAAGAAAAGGGUGCACCUCAUCUCAGCUGGCACUCGCUUGGGUUCAUCACAAAGGAGAUGACGUGUGCCCAAUACCUGGGACUACUAAAGUGGAUAACUUUAACCAGAAUAUUGGAGCUCUUUCUGUGAAAUUAAGUCCCCAAGAGAUGACUGAACUCGAGUCCUAUGCUUCAGCGGAGGUCGUAAAAGGAGACAGGCAUGCUUUCAUGGCAACAACUUGGAUCAAUUCAGAGACUCCUCUGUUAUCCUCUUGGAAACCUCUCUGAGAUUUUUCUACUUAAUUUCUAGUAUUCAUGCAUAGGUGUCUACUAGUUGUUAGUUCCAAGUUUUGAGGACUUGUUAAAUUUUUAAUUUUCUUUAAAUAAUGAAGUUAUUUUGAAUAAAGUAGAUUGAAUGCAUGAUUUUGAGUUUGAAAAUAAAUAAUAUUUAAAAUAUAAUGAUUAAAAUUGAUGUGAUAUAAAAGAAAGAAAUAGAUUUUAUUAGAAAUAACAUAUUGUUAAAUUAUGUGAGUAGGUGAAUAAUGAAUUAAAAUUAAUAUGAUAUGUGAGAAUGAUUGAUUGAUAUUAUUUAAUU